GAGACAGAGUUUCACCAUGUUGCCCAAGCUGGUCUCAAACUCCUGAGGUCAAGCAAUUCACCCGCCUCAGCCUCCCAAAGUGCUGGGAUGACAGUGACUGAUCAGGCUUUUGUCACACUGGCCACCAAUGACAUCUACUGCCAGGGCGCCCUGGUCCUGGGGCAGUCACUGAGGAGACACAGGCUGACGAGGAAGCUGGUGGUGCUGAUCACUCCUCAGGUGUCCAGCCUGCUCAGGGUCAUCCUCUCGAAGGUGUUCGAUGAAGUCAUUGAAGUGAAUCUAAUCGAUAGUGCAGACUACAUCCACCUGGCCUUUCUGAAGAGACCAGAGCUCGGGCUUACCCUCACCAAGCUCCACUGUUGGACUCUCACUCACUACAGCAAGUGUGUCUUCCUGGAUGCGGACACUCUGGUGCUGUCCAAUGUCGAUGAGCUGUUCGACAGGGGAGAGUUUUCUGCGGCCCCGGACCCCGGAUGGCCGGAUUGCUUCAAUAGCGGGGUGUUUGUCUUCCAGCCUUCCCUCCACACGCAUAAACUCCUGCUGCAGCACGCCAUGGAACACGGCAGCUUUGACGGGGCGGACCAAGGCUUACUGAAUAGUUUCUUCAGGAACUGGUCAACAGCAGACAUCCACAAGCACCUGCCGUUCAUCUAUAACUUGAGUAGCAACACGAUGUACACUUACAGCCCUGCCUUCAAGCAAUUCGGUUCCAGUGCAAAGGUCGUACACUUUUUGGGGUCCACGAAACCUUGGAACUACAAAUACAAUCCACAGAGUGGCUCGGUGUUGGAGCAGGGCUCAGCGUCCAGUAGCCAGCACCAGGUGGUGUUCCUUCAUCUCUGGUGGACGAUCUACCAGAACAACGUGUUGCCCCUUUAUAAAAGUGUCCAAGCGGGGGGAACACACGCAUCUCUCGGUCACACAUCACAAAAUAUGAUAGAUUGUCCUGCAAUUGAGACUCCUGCCAUGAUAACGUGUGACCCACUGUCCCAGCCUUCCCCUCAGCUUGCAGACUUCACAGAGACUGAACCCACCUUGCAGCCAGCAAAUAAAGUCGAAAGUGUCCCAUCCGAGGAAACCUUUGAACCAAGCCAGGAACUCCCUGCUGAGGCCAUCAGGGACCCCAGUCUGCAGGAUGCACUGGAGGUCGACCUGGCUGUCUCUGUUUCCCAGAUCUCGAUCGAAGAGAAGGUGAAGGAAUUGAGCCCAGAGGAAGAGAGGAGGAAGUGGGAGGAAGGCCGUAUCGACUACAUGGGGAAGGACGCGUUUGCCCGCAUCCAGGAGAAGCUGGACCGGUUCCUGCAGUAA